UAAAUUACAAUUGAUUCAAUUUUCUCUCGAGGAAUCAUGUAAUAGUGUUCACUAAUCAGGAAUUAAGUAUCCUAAAUUGUACAUCUUGAAAAUGUGAAGUGAUAGAAACGCAAAAAUUUAACCAGCGAUGGGUUAAAAGUUACCAAUAUUUUGGUGACGAUGUUAGCCAAAAUAUUUUUAGUCUAUCAAGUUGCCACAUCUUCUGUACUAAUCUGUCUUCCUUUCCCUUCUUUUUCUCAUUCCUUAGUCUUCAUCUUCAACUUUCGCUGAUCCUUUAGAUAAUAUUUAUAGAAUCAUCAUCGUUCUCAACUCUCCUUUUUGCUUCUUUCCGCAACCUAAAUCCUCUGUCUACUUUGGGUGUAUCUUUUGGUAAUUUUUUGGGAUAACUUUUCUUCUCUCAUGCAACAGCUCAUUACACACCUUAAACCGUUUGUCCAAAGGAUUGUAAAGGUUACAUCUUAAAUUUUAUUGUGAACUGUGUUAAUUGUUGCCUAUUAAGUGAUUUAAUCGACAACUAUUAUCCAAUUAUGAAACUGUGAAUUCAAUGUGUUCAUCAUCUAAACCCAAAAAUGAUCUUUAAUCAUUAACAAUUCAGUUUAUAACCAAUUGGUGUCGAAAAAAAGGAAUCUAUGGUUUAAAAUAGUUCAACCAAAUUAAUCUGAUCAAAGAAAGGUUUAUUGAAUCAGAGUCAGAUGAAUCGUAAAAGGAGUAUUGACGAUAUUGGAAAUGAGGAAAUUGCUCCAACAUUUGUCAAGAAACCAAGAAUACGACAAGAAGAUGAUGGCAAUCGGCUUGUGUUCGAGUGUCAGCUGAUAUCUUUCCCAAGACCAAAGAUUACUUGGUAUAAAGAGGAUGUGCAAAUUAAAGAUGACCAAAGAAUUGAGUCCCGAAUUACAGAGGUUGGACCUAAUAAAUUUCUAGUCGCCUUGGAGCUGAAUGAUGUUAUCGGAGACGAUUCUGGUAUUUAUUGGGUUAAAGCUAGGAAUAAACAAGGAGAAGUUUCAGCCUCGAUCAAGCUCAACUUUACGCCGGUGGACGCUCCUCAUGAUGAACAAAUUGAUGGAUUAGCACCAACAUUUGCCAAGAAGCCAUCAAUACGACAAGAAGACGAUGGUCGUCGUUUAAUAUUUGAAUGUAAAAUCACAGCCGAUCCUCAACCUUCAGUUUCUUGGUUUCAUAAUGGAACACCAAUUGAACCAUCUUCUAGAUACAAGUUAACAGUUAAAAAAGAUGUUGAAAAGGCCAACAAUUAUCUUGCUCAUAUGGAAAUUACUGAAGUACGAGUUGAAGAUGCCGGAAAAUACAAAGUAAUAGCUAAAAACGAGCUUGGAGAAAGCAAUGCAAGCAUAAGUCUUAAUUUUGAUAGUGAUGACACUUCGGUACCAGCUGAUAAUGCAAAACCGACAUUCACUGAGAAACCUGUAAUAAAACAAUCAGACGAUGGUAAAAUUAUAUUUGAAUGUCGUCUGGUUGCUGAACCACCGCCAACUAUUGAAUGGUAUCACAAGGGUAAACUUGUGAAGGAGGACAGUCGCCAUAAAUAUAGAUUGAUAUCUGAUAAACAUCAUCAUGUUGCCUCGCUCGAGUUGAGCCGUGUUGGUGGUGAAGACGGUGGCGAAUAUCGUUUAGUAGCCAAAAACUCGAAAGGUGAAGGAGUUGCUCAUAUAAAUCUAAACUUCGAAGGAGGCCGACCUAAACUACCAGAGGGUAAAGCUCCACGUUUCCCUAAAAAGCCAACAAUCCGUCAAGUGGGAGGUGAUCUUGUCUUGGAGUGUAUUGUUGAAGCCAAUCCUAAGCCUGAUAUUUCAUGGUUUCAUGGGACAAAGGUUAUUAAAGAAGGUGCUCGUCAUAAAGCAGCCAUUAAAGAAAUCGAUAAAGACACUUUUGCCCUUUCCUUGGAGAUUAGGGAUCCUUCAAAUGACGAUGGAGGAACAUAUCGAUGUAAUGCAGUUAACGAAUUGGGCGAAUCUAAUGCCAAUAUAGCACUCAAUUUCCAAGGAGGAGGUGAAGAGGAAGACCUUUCACCAACUUUUGUGACCAGGCCAAAGAUCAUUCCAAAAGACAAUGGUGCCCUUAUUAUACUGGAGUGUCGAGUUAAAUCUACAACAAAGCUUACAACAACUUGGUACAAAGGGUCAACUUUAGUAAGGGAAACAACUCGAAUCAAGAGUAGCAUCAUAUCUGAAUCAAAUGAUGAAUAUACUGUUCGACUUGAAAUUAAGGAUCCAGCUAAAGAUGAUGGUGGCGUUUAUAAAUGCAAUAUUAAAAAUAAUCAUGGUGAUAUCAAUGCUAACCUUAAUCUUAAUAUUGAAGGAGGUGAUAUUCAAAAGGCCGGUGAACCUCCAACUUUCGUUGAAAAACCUAGAAUCAUUCCCGAAAAUAAUGGCAAAUUGAUUAUAAUGGAAUGUAAAGUUCGUUCAAAACCUAAACCUGACAUUGUUUGGUACAAUGAUGGUCAAAUUGUUCGUGAAACAUCUAGAAUUAAGUUAAUUGUUAAAGAGGAAUCAACUGAUGUUUAUACUAUAAGAUUAGAGUUAAGAGAUCCAGAAUUAACUGAUGCUGGUCAAUAUAAAUGUAAUGUACGUAAUCCAGCUGGUGAAAGUAAUGCUAAUCUAAAGCUCAACAUUGAACUUGCUCCUGUAAUCAAAGAGAAACCUAAGGUUAUCAAACAAACCAAGGAGAGGAAGGUUGUUAUUGAAGUACGAAUUGCUUCUGGUGCAGCACCCAAAGUACAAUGGAUGAAAGAAUCAACCGUUGUUCGAGAAGAUUCUCGUCAUGUUGUUCGAGUUAAAGAAGUAUCCAAAGGAGAAUACGCUGUGGCCUUAGAGAUCGAUAGGGCUGAAAAACUGGACAAGGGAGUUUACAAAGUUGUUGCUAAAAACGAGAAAGGAGAAUGCACUUCUCAAGCAGUUACAGUUGAUGUUGAUGACAUGGCUGAAAGUAAAGAUGAAGAGCCUGCCAAGAAACCUAAGCUUGACGAAAACAAAGAAAACAAGGAAAACAAGGAAAAUAAAGAGGUCAAACCAAAACCUGGAGUUAAAGUGGCAAAGCCCAUGUUUAUCUCUCAAAUUAAAUCACGAACAAUAAAUGAAGGAAGUGAAAUUGAAUUCAAAUGCACAUUCACAUCCAAGGAAAAAGUAUCCAUUACAUGGUUUUACAAUAAAAAACAGAUUUCCAAUUCAAGUAAAUACAUGAUUUCAUCCACCGAAUCUUCGUCUUCAUUGAAACUAGUGAGCGCUCAAUUCGAAGAUAGUGGAGAGUAUUUAGUCAAAGUAGCAAACUCUGGCGGCGAGGUUGAAUCAGCAGCCGAGUUGACUGUAAAAAUGACUGUGCCCAAACGCGAACCAACUAAAAAGGAAAAGGCGAAACCUGAAGAAACUCAACCUGAAAAGAAGCAAAAACUUGAGCCUGAAAAGCCUGUAGAAGAAAAGCCGGCCAAAAAACAGAUUGAAAAGCAAAGUUCAAUCCCUGAUAUUCAAGUGGAGAAAGAAAAGUCUCCAUUACCUGCUCGAAAGGAUUCACAAGAUUCUCAAGGAGGACCACCGCUUAAAAAGAAAGCGUCCAUCCCAGUAGUUAAAGAACCAACUCCAGAACCUGAACCAAAACCUGGAGGACGUCGAGGUUCUUUUAUUGAUGCUCAAGGAAACCAAGUGCGUCGAGGAUCGUUUAUAGAUGUUGGUGAUGUUCAAAGUUUAAGAACUUCACCAAACCGUCGCGCAAGUGAUUCAAGGCGACCUUCUGCUUCUGAAUUUGAUCCAACUGAUAAACCCUCUACAGCUCUUCAACCCAAAGGAAAAGAGCCCAAGAUUUUAAACUAUGGUGAAAAUCAACAAGGAACUGAGGGUAAAACAGCCUUCAUUCAGUUUGACGUUGAAGGUGAUCCAGUGCCACAAUUUAGACUGUACAAAGAUGGUCAAGAAAUUUACGAAGGAGGAAGAUAUUCCAUUGUUACCGAUGGCUCAACAAAUACCGUUUACUUUUGUAUUAAAAAGUCUAAAUCUGCUGAUGAAGGGCGAUAUACCAUUGUUGCUUACAAUGUUCAUGGCGAGUGCAGUGCUGAAAUUGGUCUAUUCAUUGGUGGUGAAGAAGGUAUGGAUUUCCGUGCCAUGUUGAAGAGAGGUAAACGCCAACAGUGGAAGAAACAAUCAGACGAUCCUGAUUGGGGUAACUUGAAAGCCGUUGAAGAUGAAAGAAGAGCAUCUCUCAAGGAAAUAAAGAAACCAGAAAUAUUUACCAAACCUUUACAAAAUCAAAAAUGUAAAGAAGGACGAGACAAAAAGAUUCGCUUUGAAUGUGUUUUCAGUAAAGUUGGAAUCAAAGCUAAAUGGUUCAAGAAUAAGCAAGAACUGUUCAUGGGACGUAAAAAUCACAUGGUUAGUCAAGGUGAUCUCCAUGUUUUAGAGAUAAUCAAUCCAAUUGUUGAAGAUGAAGGAAAAUACAUUUGUAAAUGUUUAGAUGCUACAACCGAAGCAUACCUGGACGUGGAACCACCUGAUCCAGUGUAUAAAUUUGUGAAAAAAUUGCCACCUCAAAGUAAAGGAUACACUGAUCGAGAAUGUGUUCUUGAAUGUGCCUGUAAUUCACCGAAAGCACCUGUUAAAUGGUACAAAGGGGACAAGAAAUUGGAAAACAGCGACAAAUUUAUCAUUGAACAAGAUGGACUUGGUAAAAAGUUCUUGAAGAUUCAAAAUUGUACCAUGGAUGAUGCAGCUGAAUAUACUUGUAGGAUAAAUUCAGAAGAGUUUACAAGUACCAAAUUAACUAUUGCUGAACAAGCGUUCAAAUUUAUGCGAGUUUUGAGAAGUAUGAGAGUCAAUGAAGGUGAAACUAUUACCUUGGAAUGUGAAGUUGACGAUUGGGAAGCUCCAGUUACAUGGUAUUUCCAGGGAGAAGAGAUUAAAAAAGAUAAAAGGAUUGAUAUAAUUGCUGAAGGACGUAAACGUCGAUGUAUUAUCAAAAAGUGUAAAAUAACUGAUGAGGGAAAAUAUUUGGCUAAAACAAAAGGCGAUGAAACGGAAAGUGAGGUUCUUGUUGAACCCGCUAAUCGUUUCAAGAAGAAGCUUGAAGAUAUUCAUACGAUUGAGAAAAAGCAGGUUGUCUUUGAGGUUGAAAUGACCGAUACUCGAGCUCCAUUGAAAUGGUACAAAGAUGGACAAGAGGUUACACCAUAUGACAGGAUUCACAUCAAGUAUCAUGAGGAUAAGUACACUUUAACCAUUGAUAAUGUCAAACUUGAAGAUGCUGGUGAAUACAUGGCAGCUACACCAAACAUAAAAACAAAGUGUCGCUUAACAGUUGAUGAAGCUGAACGACCUCCACUUAUUAAGUUGGACCAAACAGACUUCCAAUCUGAUGUAAAUAAACCGCUCAUAAUUGAAAUUCCCUAUUAUGUUCUGGGAACAAGGACUUCAGAUGUAGUCGCUAAGCUAACCCGAAAUGGUAAAACCGUAUCAUCGAAGGAUGUUGAGGUUGUUGUGAGACAAGACAAAGUCAUUUUGACUUUCCGUAAAACUGGACGUGACAAUUCAGAUACAUAUGGAUUCACCUUGAGUAAUGCUGAAGGUGAAGCUAAGAAAGACUUGAAAAUCAAUUUUGUUAGUGUACCUGCGCCACCAGAAGGUCCCUUAGAAAUAUUAGAUCUUUUCCGAGACCGUUGUAAGUUAGCCUGGAAACCGACAAAAGAUACAGGAGGUAUUCCUCUCAAACAUUAUUCAAUUGAAAGACAAGCUGUUAGUUCACGAGGAGGAUGGAUUGAAAUAGGAACAACUGAAGAUUGUAAAUUUGAUGUUAAAGAUCUUGAAUACAAGAAGGAGUAUCGUUUUAGAGUUCGUGCUGUGAACAAGAAGGGAAGUUCCGAACCUCUAAGUUGUGUUAAAGAUAUAAUUGCCAAAGAUCCUUAUGAUGAGCCAUCAAAGCCUAAACCACCAGAAGUUACUGAUUGGGACAAAAAUCAUGUUGACCUAAAGUGGGCUGCUCCAGAAAAGGACGGUGGAAGUCCUAUUACCGAAUAUAUCAUCGAAUUUAAGGAUAAAUUUUCUCCAGAAUGGUCAGUUGGACCGAAAGUGCCAGGAAAUAAGACUUCUUGUAAAGUGCAAAAUCUAAAGGAAAACAUGCAAUAUCAGUUCAGAGUGAUCGCUGUUAACAAAGCCGGUCCAAGUGAACCUUCAGAUCCUACCAAACCUCAUAUUGUUAAGGCAAGGUUUGUUAAACCUUACUUAUUAGGGGAUGGUUUGAAAAACUUGGUCGUCAAAAAAGGUGCUGUUAUCAAAUAUGAUAUUCAAUUUUUCGGUGAACCACCUCCAGAAGUUAAAUGGGAGUUGAAUAAUGAUCAACUUUUUGCUGGCAGUAAAAUAUCCAUUGAAAAUACAGCCAAGAGCUCUGUCUUUCAAAAUAAAAACGCUGUUCGAGCAGAUAGUGGUAAAUAUAGAUUGACAUUGACUAACUCAUCUGGCUCUUUUGUGUCUGAGGCCGAUGUUGUUGUGCUGGACAAACCAACACCACCAGAAGGUCCACUUAUUUUAGAAGAGGUUCGAGCUGAACAUAUAACCGUUAAAUGGCGAAAGCCUCGAGAUAAUGGUGGAACUGAUCUGAAAGGAUACGUAAUUGAAAAGAUGGAUAUGGAUUCUGGCAAAUGGAUCCAAUGUGGUGAAGUUGGCCCUAAUGAUGACAGCUUCAAAGUCGAAGGAUUGACUAAAAAUAAAAAGUACAAGUUUAGAGUUAAAGCUAUAAAUAAAGAAGGUUUAUCAGAUCCAUUAGAAACAACUGAACCUGUCGUCGCUAAAAAUCCCUAUGAUGAACCAUCCAAGCCUGGUAAACCAGAGAUUGUUGAUUACGAUAACACCAAAUGUGACUUGAAAUGGGCUGUUCCUGAAAAGGAUGGCGGUCGGCCAAUCACUCAUUAUGUAGUCGAGAUGAAAGACAAAUUCAGCUCUGAUUGGACUGAAGUCUUGGUUACACCGGAUGCCAAGAAUGAGGCUUCUAUCACUGGCUUAAAAGAAGGAAACACUGUUCAAUUCAGGGUUCGAGCUGUUAACAAGGCUGGACCAAGUGAGCCAAGUGAUGCAACUGAUCCUCAUAUUGUGAAACACAGAAACUUGAAACCAAAAAUUGACCGAACUAAUCUUAAAAGUAUUACUAUCAAAGCUGGACGAUCUGUCAAAUUUUUGGUUGAUAUAACCGGAGAACCUCCGCCAACUGUUGUUUGGACCUUUGGUGAGGCUAAACAAAAGUUGGCCGACGAUGAUCAUUUCAAGAUAGUCAACAAAGAUUACCAAACAGACUUUAACCUACACAAAGCAAAACGCUCACACUCAGGUCUGUACACAGUCACGGCUUCCAAUGCAUCUGGAACUGAUUCUGUAACAGUCGAGAUUAAAGUACUUUCCAAGCCAGCCAAACCUGAAGGCCCACUUGAAGUAACUGAUAUCCACAAAGAAGGGUGCAAGUUGAAAUGGAAAAAACCAAAGGACGAUGGUGGAUGUCCAAUCAAAGGUUAUGAAGUAGAGAAAUUUGAUAAAGAAUCGGGUCGCUGGACAAGAUGUGGAAAAACAGAUAAACCAGAAUUCGAAGUAACUGGACUUAUUCCAAACAAAGAGUAUUUAUUCCGAGUUGUUGCUCAAAAUGAUGAAGGUGACUCUGAACCACUUGAAACUUUGUCAUCAAUUAUUGCCAAAAAUCCAUAUGACGAACCAGACAAACCAGGUACUCCUGAAAUUGUGGACUAUGAUAAUAAGUCCGUUGACCUUAAAUGGAAGCCUCCAAAAAGCGAUGGUGGAGCUAAAAUUACACGUUAUGUUGUCGAGAAGAAAGAAAAAUUCCAGUUGAUUUGGGAAAAAGCAUGUGAAGUUCCUGGUGAAACAUGUGAAGCAAAAGUUGAAGACUUAACUGAACGAUCUGAGUACCAAUUCAGAGUUAUUGCUGUUAACAAAGCUGGUCCUAGUGAACCUAGUGAUCCAACUGGAAAUCAUAUUGUAAAACAUAGGAAAUUAAAGCCUCGAAUCGACCGAACCAAUUUAGAGACAAUUACAAUUAAAAAAGGAAAAUCAGUCAAACUUGAUGUUAACAUCUCGGGAGAGCCUCCUCCAACUGUUAAAUGGUUCCUUAAAGACAAUGAAAUCAAAAAUGACGAUCAUUAUGAUAUCAUUAACGUUGAUUACAACACCAAAUUCAACAUAACUGAUGGUCAAAGAAAACAUUCUGGCAGAUAUAAAAUUGUUGCAACCAAUGAACAUGGUAAAGAUGAAGCUGAAGUUGAAAUAGUUGUGUUAGCAGCUCCAAGCAGACCUAAAGGUCCUCUUAAAGUUGAUAAUGUUCAUGCUAAAGGAUGUAAACUUAAAUGGGAAAAACCAGAAGACGAUGGUGGAAAACCUAUCCAAAGCUAUAUUAUCGAGAAGCUAGAUUUGGCAUCAGGAAAUUGGGUUCCUAUCGGACGUACAGAUGAUACUUCAUUUGAAGUAACCGGAUUAACACCGGGCAAACGUUAUCAAUUCAGAAUAAAGGCCAAAAAUGCUGAAGGUGAAUCAGAACCUUUGGUCAGUGAUGAGCCAACUGUAGCUAAAAAUCCAUAUGAUGAACCAGGAGCACCAACUGACUUGACAAUUCCUGAUUGGGAUGAGAAAAGUGUUUCGCUUGCAUGGAAACGACCAGCAAACGAUGGCGGUGCUCCAAUUACAGCUUAUAUUGUUGAAAAGAAGGAAAAAUUCGGUAGUUCAUGGGAACCAUGUGCUGAAGUUUCGGGAGAUAGUUGCAAGGCAAAGGUUGAAGGUUUAAAAGAAAAGGCUGAAUAUCAGUUCCGUGUUAAAGCUGUGAACAAGGCAGGUCCUGGUGAACCCAGUGAACCAACGAAACCUCACUUAGUUAAACACCGAUAUCUUGCUCCAAAAAUCAACCGUGACAAUUUACAACCCAUUACUGUAAAAGCUGGUAACAUGGCACGUUUAGAUGUUGAGGUGAUUGGAGAGCCUCCUCCAACUAUUAGCUGGAGUUUUGCUGGCAAACCUCUUGAAGAAACAGGUGAUAUCAAAAUUGAAAAUAAAGAUUAUGAGACUCAUAUUCAAAUGAAAAAUAUGUCCCGACCACAAUCUGGCAAAUACAAGAUACUUGCUGAAAACUCAUCUGGAAAAGAUGAAGCAGAGGUUGAAAUUAUCGUACUUGAUCGUCCUGGUAAACCCGAAGGACCUCUAGAAGUAACUGAUGUUCAUGCUGAAGGUUGCACACUCCAAUGGAAUCCUCCAAAAGACGAUGGAGGGGUGCCGCUCGAAAGCUACACAAUUGAAAAGCAAGAUACAGCAACUGGACGCUGGGUGCCUGUUGGAAAAGUUCCUGGAGAUAAAACUGAAUUUGCUCUUGCUGGUUUGGAACCAAACAAGCGUUACAAUUUCCGUAUAAAGGCUAACAAUGCUGAAGGAGCUUCUGAACCUUUGGAAACUGAUCGUUCAACCUUAGCCAAGAAUCCAUUUGAUCCACCAGGACCACCAGGAUUACCUAAAAUUGACGAUUACGAUUCGACAUUUGUUGUGUUGAAAUGGGAGCCUCCACUUCGAGAUAAUGGAGCACCAAUUACAGGAUAUUUAAUUGAAAAGAAAAGCAAAUACUCUCCUGACUGGGUUACAUGUGCUGAAACUUCUGGACCUCAAUGUCAAGGCCGAGUUAACGACUUGACGCCAGGUGACAAAUUUGAAUUCCGAGUAAAAGCAAUCAAUAAGGCUGGACCGGGUGCACCUUCUGAGUCAACUGGACAGUUCUUGAUGAAACCCAGAUUCUUGAAACCCAAAAUUGAUCGAACCAAUUUGAAAAGUGUUACGGUCAAAGUUGGUCAAAUGGUACAGUUUGAUGUUAAUGUCAUUGGAGAGCCUGCUCCAAAGACAAUCUGGAAACAUGAAGAUAAAGAGCUUGAAAAUGGCCAAAUUUACCAAAUCGAUAACAUCGAUUACAACACUAAGUUCUGUUUAUUAAGAGCAACUCGAAAAGAGACUGGCACAUACAAAUUGACAGCGACAAAUGAGGUUGGUUCUGAUGAAGCUGAAGUUGUUAUUACAGUUUUAGGAAAACCAUCGACACCUAAAGGUCCCUUGACUGUGUCAGAUGUUCAUGCUGAGGGCUGUAAACUAGCAUGGAAACCGCCAGAUGACGAUGGAGGAUGUCCAAUCGAAUGCUAUGAAAUUGAGAAACUCGACGAAGAAACAGGUCGUUGGGUACCAGCUGGUAAAUCAUCCGAACCAUAUUUCGAAGUUACAAAUUUGACACCUGGACGAAACUAUAAAUUCAGAGUUCGAGCUGUAAAUAAAGAAGGAGACUCUGAUGAACUUGAGACUGAUCAAAGCAUUUUAGCUAAAAAUCCUUUCGAUGAACCUAACAAACCAGGAAGACCCGAGCCAACUGAUUGGGAUGUGGAUCAUGUAGAUCUUACCUGGUCUGCACCAGCUUCAGAUGGUGGAAGUCCCAUUACAGGCUAUAUUAUCGAAAAGAGAAAGAAGGGCGGUCGAAAAUGGGAAAAAGGACGAGAGAUACACGGUAAUGUUACCAAUGGAACUGUACCAGAUUUAGAAGAAGGUACUGAAUAUGAAUUUAGAGUUUUGGCUGUUAACAAAGCUGGUCCAGGAGAGCCCAGUGACCCAUCAAGACCUAUCAUUGCAAAGCCAAGAAAACUUAAGCCUCGUAUUGAUCGAACCAAUCUUAAACCAACAACCAUUAAAGCUGGUCAACCAGUUAAAUUUGAUGUUGACGUUAAAGGUGAACCUGCACCAACCAUUACUUGGACAUUUAAGGGUGAACCAUUACAAGCUGGAGAGAAUGUCAGUAUUGAAACUGAACCUUAUCAUACAUUGUUAAUGUUGACGAAGACUAAGCGUGCUCAAAAUGGGGUCUAUAAAAUUACUGCUAAGAACGAACACGGUGUUGAUGAAGCAGAAGUAGAAGUCAAAGUUCUUAGUAAACCAAGUAAACCAAAAGGUCCUCUUGCCGUUUCUGAUGUUCAUGCUGAAGGUUGCAAACUGAAAUGGGACAAACCUGAAGAUGACGGAGGCGAACCAGUAACAGGCUAUGUUGUCGAAAAACUUGAUUUGGAAAGCGGCAGAUGGGUACCAGUUACGACUACAAGAGAUCCUGAGGCUGAAAUAACUGGACUUAUUCCUGGUAAAGAAUACAAAUUCAGGGUUAAAGCUUUGAAUGCUGAAGGUGAAUCCGAGCCAUUAGAAACUGAAAAGUCAACUUUGGCCAAGAAUCCAUUCGAUGAACCUGAUAAACCAGGCAAACCCAAGGCCACAAAUUGGGACAAAAACUUUGUAGACUUAACAUGGGAUGCACCAGCCUCAGAUGGAGGAAGUCCCAUUACUGGCUACAUUAUCGAGAAGCAAGAUAAAUACAGUAAUAAAUGGGUCAAGGCAGCCGAAGUCCCUGGAAAUGAAACUGAAGCUCAUGUAACUGACCUGAUUGAAGGAAUGCAGUACAAAUUCAGAAUCAAAGCUGUAAAUAAAGCAGGUCCAAGUCAACCAAGUGAAGCUAGUGACUCUGUUACAGCUAAACCACGAAAUUUAGCACCUCGUAUUGAUCGAACUAAUUUACGAGAUGUGACAAUACAUGCUGGACAAAGUAUCAAAUUUGACGUUAAAGUCCAAGGAGAACCCACACCAAAAGUUACUUGGACCCAUAAUGAUCAACCUUUGACUGGAAGCGAUCAUUGUACCAUUGAUAAUGAGCCCAACCGAAGUAAAUUUGUUAUUCCAUCAGCUGAACGAAAAGAUACUGGCGUUUUAAAAAUCAAGGCUGAAAACAUUAACGGAGUUGAUGAAGUUGAGGUCAAUGUAACUGUUCUUGAUAAACCAUCAGCUCCUGAAGGUCCUCUGGAUAUUUCUGAUGUACAUGCUGAAGGCUGUAAACUAAAAUGGAAGAAGCCUAAAGAUGAUGGAGGAGUUCCAAUCGAAUGCUAUGCAAUCGAGAAGAUGGACACUGCAACUGGACGAUGGGUGCCAUGUGGACGAUCUUAUGAGCCACAAUUUGAAGUGGCAAACCUUGAGCCUGGUAAAGAAUAUAAAUUCAGAGUCUCUGCAAUUAACGCUGAAGGUGAAUCGGCUCCACUUGAAGCGGAACAAGCAAUUAUAGCCAAAAAUCCAUUUGAAGCUCCUGGUACUCCUGGAAGACCAGUUGUUACUGGAGUUGAUCGACAUCACGUAGACUUGAAAUGGGACAGUCCAACUAAAGAUGGAGGAGCUCCAAUAACAGGCUACAUCGUUGAAAAGAAGAGCGCUGAUGGAACAAAGUGGGUAAAGGCUAUUCAAACCGACGGACCUAUGACCGAGGUUCGUGUUCCUGAUCUUGAAAACGGUGAAACAUAUCAAUUCAGAGUACGAGCUUUGAAUGCUGGUGGUCAAAGUGAACCAAGCGAACCAACGAAACCAGUGACUUGCAAACCAAGUAAACUGCCUCCUCGCAUUGAUCGACGAAACUUGCGACCUAUCGACAUAAAAGUUGGUGAACCUUUUAGUUUUGAUGUUAAUGUUCAAGGUGAACCAGCGCCAGAUGUACAAUGGUUUAUCAAAGACUCUCCUGUGAGAGAAACGACUGAUUUAACCAUCACCAAUAAGCCUUAUAAUACUAAAUUAAAUUGUGAUCGAGCUGAAAGAAAAGAUUCAGCCGUUUAUCGAAUUGUUGCCAAAAAUCAAUACGGUAUGGACGAAGCUGACGUUGAAGUUACUGUAGUAAGUAAACCUGGUAAACCAGAGGGACCAUUGGAAGUUAGUGAUAUAAACAAAAAUGGAUGUAAAUUGAAGUGGAAUAAACCUAAAGACGAUGGAGGAAUGCCUCUUGAUGGCUAUUUAGUUGAAAAGUUGGAUCCUGAUACAGGAUCUUGGGUCCCAGUUGGUAAAACAUUUUUACCUGAAUUUGAUGUUACCGGACUAACUCCAGGAAAAGACUAUUCAUUCCGAGUAAAAGCUGUUAAUAAGGAGGGUGAAUCUGAACCAUUGCAAACACUUGCACCAAUCACUGCCAAAGAUCCAUUCUCACCUCCUGGUCAGUCUGGAACACCACAAGUUACAGCAUUCUCACCACAGUCAGUUGAUUUGAAAUGGGACGCUCCUGAAAGAGAUAAUGGUGCCCCUAUUACCAGUUACAUAGUGGAAAAGAAAGAAAAGGGAGGAUCGUGGGAAAAGGCCCUUGAAAUUCCAAGUGACAUUACCAAAGCUCAUGUUCCUAACCUAAAAGAGGGCAAAGAAUAUGAAUUCCGUGUUAUUGCAGUCAAUAAAGCAGGUCCUGGUGAUCCAAGUCUUCCAUCAAGACCAGUUAUUGCCAAGAACCCAUUCGAUGAACCAGGAGCUCCUGGUCGUCCUGAACCAACUGAUUGGGAUGUGGAUCAUGUCGACCUAAAAUGGUCUGCUCCAGCUUCAGAUGGAGGAAGUCCUAUUACAGGAUACAUUAUCGAAAAGAAGAAAAAGGGAACUCGUAAAUGGGAAAAAGGACGUGAAAUCGUCGGAAAUGUUACAAGUGGAACUUGUCCUGAUUUAGAAGAAGGAACCGAAUAUGAAUUUAGAGUUGUUGCUGUCAAUAAAGCUGGUCCAGGAGAGCCAAGUGAACCAUCUCGAUCAGUCGUUGCUAAGCCAAGAAAACUUGCUCCUCGUAUUGAUAGAACUAAUCUUAAACCAACAACAAUUAAAGCUGGUCAACCAAUCAAAUUUGAUGUUGAUGUUAAAGGUGAACCUGCACCGACAAUUACAUGGGCAUUCAAAGAUGCACCAUUAAAGACAGGCGACAAUGUAACUGUUGAUACCGAACCUUAUCAUACAUUGUUAAUGCUUGUGAAGACAAAACGAGAACAAUCAGGUAGUUAUGUUAUAACUGCCAAAAAUGAGCACGGAGUCGAUGAGGCUACUGUUGAUCUUAACAUCAUAAGCAAACCCUCACCUCCUAAAGGACCUUUGGAAGUAUCUGAUGUACAUGCUGAAGGUUGCAAAUUGAAAUGGAAGAAGCCAGAAGAUGAUGGAGGAUUACCUCUUUCAAAUUACGUUGUUGAAAAAAUGGAUACAGAUACUGGUCGAUGGGUACCUGUAACCACAACUCGUGAUACUGAGGCUGAUAUCAAGGGUCUUACACCAGGUAAAGAGUAUAAAUUUAGAGUACGUGCUGUUAAUCCUGAAGGCGAAUCAGAUCCACUUGAAACCGAGAAGCCAAUUGAAGCUAAAAAUCCAUUCGAUGAACCUGGAAAGCCUGGAAAACCACAGGCUAAAGAUUGGGAUCGACAUCACGUUGACUUGACCUGGGAUGCUCCAGAAAAGGACGGAGGAAGUCCCAUUACUUCUUACAUAAUUGAGAAGAAAGAUAAAUUAAGUACAAAAUGGCAAAAGGCUUGCGAAGUAAUCGGAGAUAAAUGUCAAGCCCGAGUUCCAGAUCUGACAGAAGGAAUGGAGUAUCAGUUCAGAGUUCGUGCUGUUAAUAAAGCUGGCCCCAGUCAGCCAAGUGAAGCUAGUGAUACUGUUACAGCUAAAGCUCGUAACGUUCCUCCACGUGUUGAUCCAAUCAAAGAUAUUACUUUACACGCUGGAAAACCACUCAAAAUUGAUGUCAAAGUAUUCGGUGAGCCUCCUCCGAAAGUUCAAUGGUUUUUGGAUGAUAAACCAUUAUCAACUGGAGGUCGAGCUUCUAUAGAAAGUCCAGCUUAUCGCACAAAACUUUUAGUUCCAGUCGCUGAGCGAUGUGAUGCUGGAGUUUAUAAAAUUGUUGCUACAAAUCCUAAUGGAAAGGACGAGGCAACUGUUAGAGUUAAUGUUUUGGAUAAACCAACAGCUCCAGAAGGACCUUUGGUAAUCUCAGACAUUCACGCCGAAGGAUGCAAGCUCAAGUGGAAAGAACCAAAAGACAAUGGUGGUUCACCUGUAGACUAUUAUCAGGUUUACAAAAUGGAACCAGCAACUGGAAAAUGGAUUCCAUGUGGUAAAGCAUAUGGACCAGAAAUGGAAGUUGCUAACUUGGAGCCAAAUCAAGAGUAUAAAUUCAAAGUUACUGCUAUAAACGCUCAGGGUGAGUCUGAGCCUUUAGAAGCAGAUCAAUCCAUUAUCGCCAAGAAUCCAUUUGAUACUCCUGACGCACCUGGAAUGCCAAAGGUUGUUGAUUAUGAUAAAAAUCAUGUUGAUCUUAAAUGGACGGCUCCAAUGAAAGAUGGCGGGUCUCCAAUAACAGGAUACAUUAUUGAAAAGAAGAGCGCUGAUUCAAGUCGCUGGGUGAAAGCUGCACAAACUGAUGGACCUGGAACUGAAGUUAAAGUGACGGACCUACAAAAUGGUGAAACUUAUCAGUUCAGAGUUCGUGCCUUGAAUGCUGGAGGACAAGGUGCUCCAAGUGAACCUUGUAAACCAGUAACAUGUAAACCAAGAAAAUUACCACCACGAAUUGAUCGUAAAAAUUUGAAACCCGUGUCUAUCAAGGCAGGUCAAGCUUUUAGUUUUGAUGUCAAUGUUCAAGGUGAACCAGCGCCAGAUGUACAAUGGUUUAUCAAAGACUCUCCUGUGAGAGAAACUACUGAUUUAACCAUCACCAAUAAGCCAUAUAAUACUAAAUUGAAUUGUGAUCGAGCUGAAAGAAAAGAUUCAGCCGUUUAUCGAAUUGUUGCUAAAAAUCAAUACGGUAUGGACGAAGCUGACGUGGAAGUUACUGUAGUAAGUAAACCUGGUAAACCAGAGGGACCAUUGGAAGUUAGUGAUGUUAACAAAAAUGGAUGUAAAUUGAAGUGGAAUAAACCUAAAGACGAUGGAGGAAUGCCUCUUGAUGGCUAUUUAGUUGAAAAGUUAGAUCCUGAUACAGGAUCUUGGGUCCCAGUUGGUAAAACAUUUUUACCUGAAUUUGAUGUUACCGGACUAACUCCAGGAAAAGACUAUUCAUUCCGAGUAAAAGCUGUUAAUAAGGAGGGUGAAUCUGAACCAUUGCAAACACUUGCACCAAUCACUGCCAAAGAUCCAUUCUCACCUCCUGGUCAGCCUGGUAAACCCGAAGCAACUGAUUGGAGUGGUGAUCAUUGUGAUCUUAAAUGGGAAGCGCCUGCAACUGAUGGAGGAGUUCCAAUUUCACAUUAUACAAUUCAGAAGAAAGAGAAAGGAUCGACUAAAUGGACUGAUGCUGUCGAAGUUCCAGGUAAUGUGUGCAAAGGAACCGUACCUUUCCUUACCGAAGGAAAAGAAUAUUCUUUCAGAGUAAUUGCUCAUAACAAAGCUGGACCAGGAGAACCUAGUCUUCCCUCAAAUUCAUUCCUUGCCAAACCUAGAUAUCUUGCUCCACAAAUCGACAGAAAAAAUCUCAAAGACUUACGUAUCAAUGCCGGUCAAACUAUUCGGUUCAAUGCUGAUGUUAUUGGUGAGCCUGCACCAACAGUAACUUGGACUCUCAACGAUCAAGGAAUUCGUGGAGAUGAUCACUUUAAUCUUGAAAAUACCGACAACAAUACAAAACUUACCAUUCGUAAUUCAAAGAGAUCAGACUCGGGAAAAUAUGUUGUUACUGCUGUCAAUAGUUCAGGAAAAGAUCAAGUAACAAUUCAAGUAACUGUGAUUGAUGUUCCCUCUCCUCCUGAGGGUCCAAUUGAAAUUACUGACAUCACCAGAAAUGGUGGAAGAGUCAGAUGGCGGAAACCCAAAGACGAUGGAGGUGCCAAAAUUAUUGGUUAUAUUGUUGAGAAACGUCUCAAAGGCGCUAAAGAGUUUGAAGCUUGCAAUGAAGUUCCAGUUCCUGAUACUAGUUUCGUGGUCUCCGGGCUACAAGAAUCCGAGGAAUAUGAGUUCCGUGUCGUUGCUGUUAAUGAAAUGGGCGAAAGUCCACCCUCUGUUCCUUCGGCUUUAACCAAAAUUGAACCACAACCUGAUCGACCACGAAUCGAUGCAUCAGGAGUUAAAGAUAUCACAGUUAAAGCAGGUCAAGAGUUUGUAAUCAAAAUACCGUACGUUGGCUUCCCUAAACCAACGGCUCAUUGGAUGAAUGAAGAUAAACCCAUCGAUGAGGAAGAUAAACGACUAAUGAGUAAAGUAGGCGAUGAUUAUGUCUUGCUUGCUUGUUCAUCAGCUAAACGUGAUGAUACUGGACGUUACAUGGUUACACUUAAAAAUCCAUGUGGAACAGAUUCUGUCUCUUUGAAUGUCAAAGUUCUUGAUCGACCUGGUCCACCUCAAAACGUUCGUGGUGAAGAUGUUGACGGUGAUUCAUUAACUCUUCUCUGGAAUCCACCAAAAGACGAUGGUGGAGCUGAAAUCUCCAAUUAUGUUGUUGAAAAACGUGAGGUUGGUGCCAAUACUUGGUCUAGAGUUAGUAGCUUUGCUUCUGGCACUGAUAUUCGUGUUCGUAACUUGACUGUCGGAAAAUCAUAUGAUUUCCGUGUUAUGGCUGAAAAUCAAUAUGGUACAAGUGACCCAGCUCAAACAUCUGAACCUAUUCUGGCCAAACUUCCAUUCGAUCCUCCAGGUCCUCCAGGAAUACCUCGAAGUCUGGAAACAUCACCUGAUUCAAUUACCAUUGGCUGGUCUAAGCCACGAGAUGAUGGUGGUUCAUCUAUUAUUGGUUAUGUGAUAGAAAAGCGAAAGGUUGGUGAUAAAAAUUGGGCUCGAGUCAAUCCUAAUCCAGUUCAAGAGCUUAACCACCGAAUCGGAGGUCUUCAAGAAAAUGGUGAAUAUGAAUUCCGAGUUGCUGCUGUUAACGCUGCAGGUCAAGGACCAUUCAGUGAAGCCUCGGACGGAAUAUUUGCCCGUCAUCCAGCCUGUCCACCUAAGAUUGACUCUGGUUUCCAUUUAAGAGAUUUAGUUGUCAUGGCAGGUGAACAGUUCACCAUUCGUGUUCCCUUCAAUGGUUAUCCUUUGCCCAAAGCUGAAUGGCUUAUCAACGGAACCAUUGUUAUACCUGAUGAUCGUGUUUAUUCAGAGGUUAAUGUAGCAUUUACUAUAUUGACCAAUAAAAAGGCUAAACGAACUGACUCUGGUAGUUACACAUUAAGACUAACCAAUUCUGAAGGAACCGAUUCAUGCACUUGUAGAGUUCAAGUUGUUGAUAAACCUGGUCCACCACAAGGACCUUUGGAUGUAUUUGAUAUUACACCUGAAACUUGUACUUUAUCCUGGCGACCUCCACUUGAUGAUGGCGGAAGUCCAAUCACAAACUAUGUUGUUGAAAAGCAAGAUCCAGUGACAAAGAUGUGGACCAAAUUGAGCUCUUUCUGUCGAACCUGUCAUUACAAUGUAAUGGGCCUUGAGCUUGGUAAAAAAUACAAUUUCCGUGUUUGCGCUGAAAAUCAGUAUGGUACUUCUAUACCUUUGGAAACUGAUGGACCCAUUACAGCUAAAUUCCCAUUCGAUGUUCCCGAUCCACCGGGUAAACCAACAAUUACAGAUGUUGCACCAAAUGAUGUCACCUUAUCAUGGGAAAGACCUAUGCAUGACGGUGGAUCCAAGAUUCAAGGCUAUCAAGUUGAAUAUCGCGAUCCCAUGGAUGGUCGUUGGCUUGUAUCUAAUCCAUUCCUACUUCGUGAAACAACCUGGAUUGCCUCUGGAUUGAUCGAAGGUCAUGAUUAUGAGUUUAGAGUGAAAGCUAAAAAUGCUGCUGGUUUCAGUAAACCUAGUGAAUCAUCUGGAUUGGUUAAAACUCGACCCAAAUUCAGUGUACCUUCUCCACCACAAAAUCUUCACAUUACUAAAGUUGGUAAAUCAUACGCUGAUUUGGCCUGGGAAAAACCCAGAUCAGAUGGUGGCUCUAAAAUCAAUGCCUACGUUGUUGAGAGACGAGAAAAGGGCAGCAGCUAUUGGAUUAAAGUCAACGAAUAUGGUUGCCUUGAUUGUCAAUAUACUGUUCUUAACCUUAUCGAGAACAAUGAAUACGAAUUUCAAGUUUCUGCUGUCAACGCUGCAGGUAAAAGUGAACCUUGUACACUUGCUCAGCCAGUCAAAAUAACCGACAUUGCUGAUGGAGUUAAACCAGAAUUUGUUCGUAAAUUGUUCAACAAGAAUGCCAAUUUGAAGGGAACUCUUCGCUUUGAAUGUGAAGCUUUAGGUAAACCCGUUCCAAAGGCUCGUUGGCUUAAAAAUGGUGUUGAAGUUUUACUUGGCAACCGUAUUCGAGCUCUUGAUGAUGGUGAAGGAGUUUACCGUCUAGUAUUUGAUGAAGUACUCGAAGUUGAUGAGGGUACAUAUACUUGUGAAGUUACAAAUCCAUUAGGAUCUGAUAGAUGUUCAGCUGAUCUUAAAAUCGCAUCACCACCUUCAAUACUUCGCUGUCCUGAAGAAGUCUACUUACCUGAACAUGAUAACGGUAAAGUUAAAAUAUACUUCAGUGGAUCAAGUCCAUUUGAAGUUACUUUAUAUAAAGACGGUCUCGAAGUAUCUGAAAGUGAACAUCUGAAAGUAACAUUGUUUGAUGAUUAUGCGAUCAUAUUUGUUCGAGAUGUUGCUAAAGGUGAUCAAGGAAAAUACAAAUUGGUUGUCAAAAAUGAUAGUGGAUCUGCUGAUGCUAACUUUACUCUACUCGUUACCGGAUUACCAGGACCUCCAAUCGGUCCAUUAGUAAUUACCGAUGUUAAUCAACAUUCAGCUACAUUGGCCUGGAAAACUCCAAAAUAUGAUGGAGGAUGUAAAAUCACUCAUUAUGUUGUUGAAAGGAAAGAAACAUCUAUGGGUCAAUGGGUUACUGUUAGUUCGACCUGUCGUGAUACAACAACUGUUGUUCAAGGAUUAACUCAAAAUGGUGAAUACUUGUUCCGUGUUAUGGCUGUCAAUGAAAAUGGUCAAAGUAUUCCUUUGGUUGCUGAUAAACCGAUAAUUGCUAAAUUACCGUUUGAUCCACCUUCAGCACCAGGCAUUCCUCAAGUUACAGAGGUUGGCGGUGAUUUUGUUAACCUUUCAUGGGAAAAACCAGAAUCAGAUGGUGGAUCUCGUAUUCUUGGUUACUUUAUUGAAAAACGAGAAGUUGGAACACAAGGUUGGCAAGCUGUCAAUCCAAUUUCAUUGUGUCAUGCAACUCAAAUCAAUAUUAGUAAUUUAAUUGAAGAUCGACAAUACGAAUUUAGAGUGUUUGCUGUGAAUGAAGCAGGAAACAGUCCACCUUCACAAGCUUCGGGUUCAGUCAAGAUAAAAGAUCCAGAAGCUGCUAUUCCACCUGAAUUUGUGACACCUUUGAAAAACGUAAUGGCUAUUGAAAAUAAAUCGGCUCAAUUUAGUUGUACAAUUACGGGAAUGCCAACACCUCAUGUUACUUGGUACAAAGGAGCGCGGGAGAUUCACGAUGGAGGUAAAUAUGCAAUUCUCAAGGAUGGAGAUAAUUACAUUUUGGGAAUUUCAAAUGUUUAUGGUGAGGAUGCUGAUGAAUACACUUGCCGAGCAUCUAACAAAGGAGGUACCAGAACAUCUCGAGCUGAAUUGAUUAUUAAAACAGCGCCUAAAAUACAUGUGCCACCUAGAUUCAAGGAUAUGGCAUGUUUCGAUAGAGGUGAAAAUGUUAUUAUAAAAAUACCUUUCACUGGAUUCCCUAAACCACGAAUAAAGUGGUUCAAGGAAGGUGAAGAGAUUGAAUCUGGUGCUCAUUUUGAUGUACAAAUCAAAGAAAGGCACGCAAUCUUGGUUAUUCGAGAUGCAUCACGAGAAGAUAAUGGCCUAUACUCAAUCAAGGCUGAAAAUGAACUCGGUAUGGAUUCAGCUGUCAUUAAAGUUUCAAUAUCCGAUCGUCCAGAUCCACCUCGAUUCCCAAUCAUUGAGACAGUUGGUGAUGAGUUUGUUACAAUGUCAUGGAAGGCACCAGCUUGGGAUGGAGGAAGCUCUAUAACCAAUUAUAUGAUUGAAAAGAAGGAGCCAACAAUGUCAACGUGGGUUCGUUGUGCUAAUACUCGAUUUACUCUUCACCAAGUUGGUGGAUUAAAUCCCGAAAAAGAAUACGAAUUUAGAGUCUAUGCUGAAAAUAUUUAUGGACGAAGUGAACCUUCUGAUGUUACAAGUGUUAUUAAAACUAGACCAAGUGAAAAAGAUAAGCUCAAGAAACGUCACUGGUUAACGGAUGCUCAUGGGCGUAAAGUUAGAGGUAAAGAUGAAGGAAAAAUUACCAAUUAUGAUCAAUUUGUUACGGAAGAUAUCAAAUUCCAGGGACCAGUUGAUAUUAAAACAUCAUCUAUUUAUGAUUUCUAUGACAUUCUGGAAGAAAUUGGUACAGGAGCUUUUGGUGUGGUCCAUAGGUGCCGUGAAAAACGAUCAGGUCAAAUAUUUGCCGCUAAAUUCAUUCCGGUUGCUCAUCCAUAUGAAAAAUCUGUGAUUCGUAAAGAGAUUGACAUAAUGAAUCAACUUCACCACAAUAAGCUGAUACGUUUGCAUGAUGCUUUUGAAGAUGAUGAUGAAAUGAUAUUGAUUUAUGAAUUUAUGUCUGGUGGAGAGUUAUUUGAAAGGAUAACCACCGAAGGCUAUCACAUGUCAGAAGCCGAAGUAAUCAACUACAUGAGACAAAUUUGUGAAGGAGUUAAACACAUGCACGAGAAAAAUAUCAUUCAUUUAGACCUAAAACCCGAAAAUAUUAUGUGUCAAACUAAAAACUCUAGUGCCGUAAAGAUUAUUGACUUUGGAUUGGCAGCCAAAUUGGAUCCUAAUGAGGUAAUUAAAAUAUCAACUGGAACAGCCGAGUUUGCCGCACCAGAAAUUGUUGAACGAGAACCUGUUGGUUUCUAUACCGAUAUGUGGGCUGUCGGAGUUCUAGCCUAUGUAUUGCUUAGCGGUUUAUCACCUUUUGCUGGUGACAAUGAUAUUGAAACAUUGAAAAAUGUUAAAGCCUGUGAUUGGGACUUUGAUGAAGAUGCCUUCCGCAACAUUUCCUCCGAGGCCAAAGAUUUUAUUCGUAAAUUACUAACACGCCAUAAGGAGAAGAGACUUACGGCUCAUGAGUGUCUUGAACAUGCAUGGCUCAAGGGAACCGGAGGAACAACUCCAAUAUCCAAUAGAAAAUACGUUCCAAUUCGUGAUCGUAUUCGAGCUAAAUAUGGUGAUUACUGGUGGUCCGUAUUAUUACCCAUUGGUCACAUUUCAAAUUACUCUUCUCUUCGUAAACUUCACGUAGAAAGGUACAAGAUCCAUGAAACGUACAUUGAUAGACGAGAGGCUGCUCCUCGAUUUGUUAUACGACCUCAAUCAACCUUCGCAUACGAAGGACAAGCAGCUAAAUUUUUCUGUCGUGUUAUUGCAGCAGCUCCAGCUACUGUUACAUGGUAUCAUGAUAACACUGAACUGAAACAAAGCGUUAAAUACAUGAAACGCUAUGGAGGAAAUGAUUUUACAUUUAUUAUCAAUAGGUGUAAACUGGAUGAUCGUGGUGAAUACAUUAUUCGAGCUGAAAAUACGUAUGGCUGGCGAGAAGAACCAGUUUUCCUGAAUGUGCAAUCCAAGCCACUUGAUAUACCACAAGUUCGCUUGGAUGAACCCAAGGUUCGUCGACGUGAUCCACCGCCACCAUUAUGGCUUGAUGAACCUGACUGUGCACCAGUUUUCACAUUCCAUUUGAGACCUCGUGUGAUCCAGAGUGGUAUUGGUGUUAAACUUUUAGCCUGUCUCCAAGGCAAACCAGCGCCAGAGAUUCGUUGGUUCAAAGAUGGCAAAGAAUUGUCUAAAUAUGAUUAUACAAUGUCCCACUCUGCUGGUGUUAUUACCUGUGACAUUCAAUCAUGUACAUUGGAAGAUGCAGGCAAAUACACUGUUACAGCUACUAAUUCAUAUGGAGAGGCUGAAAGUUCAUGCCAAGUUAUCGUAGAGAAACGCAAGACUGUUGCACCACAUGGUGCACCAGUUGUUUCUGGUCCCAAACCAACGGUUGCUCAUACAGCACCUUCCAUAGCAUCACCAAUGGGCUCAUUUAUCAAUGACAUACCCCACAUGAGCUCAUCAUUAUCAUCAACUGCAGCAUACAAGGAUUCAUCAUCAUACACUGGCUCAUAUAAAAAAGAUUACUCUUCAUCUACAUUUAAAAAAGCUGGCUCAACUUAUUCAAGCUCAUCAAGUACCAGUGAUCAAUAUUCAACUAAAAGCUCUAAAGUAACAUCAUCAUCAACUCGUCAUUUUUCAUCCGCUCAUAAAUCAGAAUAUAAAUCAGAUUACAAAUCAGAUUACAAAUCGGAUCACAAGUCUGACUACAAGUCAUCAGCAUCAUCUUAUGAUCACAAAAGUGAUUAUAAAUCAGGUUUGAAGACCGAUUUCAAGUCACGAUUAUCACCAGCUAGUUCACUUAGUCCAAGUGUUGGCGGUGGCAGUCAUUCAGCUCCAUCUCCUAGAGGAACCACACCAAUCUCCCCAAGUCCAGACUUGACCCUCCCAAAACCUUCAAGACGUUAUGGUGAAAGCGAAUCAGGUGAUAUCAGUCCUUCCAGGGCGCGAACUAAAGAUCUAGCUUUACCAGAAGAUGCUGAAAGUGCGCCUGAAUUCACAGAAAAGUUAAACGAUUUAGAGAUUAAAGAUGGAGAUUCGUUAUUGUUGAAAUGUAGUAUAAAAGGAGUUCCAGAGCCACAAGUCGAAUGGAGUAAAAACGGCGAAAUCCUUCGCUCAUCAGACAUAAUUGAUCUCAAAUAUAAAAAUGGCGUUGCUUCACUUGCCAUCGGUGAAGUAUUCCCCGAAGAUGAGGGUGAAUAUGUUUGUACAGCGACAAACUCUCAAGGUUCCGCAACAACUAAAUGCAAAUUAACCGUUAUCCCAAUGCCAACAAUCACUCCCGGUACUAAACAAGGACCAGCAAAAGGCUCACCAAGAAUAAUAUCUCAUGUUAGAAGUCAGAUUGUUAAAGAUGGUGAUAAGGAUGUAACACUUCAGUGUACAAUCAAAGGAGCCAACAAAUUUGAAGUAAUUUGGUUACACAAUGACAAAGAAAUUAAACCAAGCAAGGACUUCCAAUAUAAAAAUGAGGGAGAUGAUUAUUACUUGAUUAUAACUGAAAUUUACCCUGAAGAUGCUGGAACUUACACCUGUGAAGCCUUCAAUGAAGCUGGAGAAGCUUUCUCUAGUUGUACUCUUCAAGUUAUUGUACCUGAAGAAGAAAUCAAAGGUCCCGAAAUAGCAACCUUUCCACAAUCUUUAACUGUCCAAUUAGGAAAGAGCGCAAGUUUCACUGUUGAAACUAAAAUGGCUGUAAAAUCAGUUCAAUGGCUUCAAGACGGCAAAAUUAUCAAUGAAACAAGCAGCCACCAUAAAUUGACGAAGGAAAGUCCUAAAAAACAUACAUUGACGAUUCCAUCAACGUUAACUACUGAUAUUGGACAAUUUACUGUUAAAUUAGUCGAUAAAACUGGAGAAACCAAUGCAACUGUCGCUCUAAAUGUUAUCACUGAAGAUGAAGUUUAAAUUAAAUAAAUUAUGUUGAUUUCGCGUGUGUAUUACAAACGAUCCUCUGAUUGUCAAUUACUUUGUUAAUCCUUUCCGCCCUUAACUUGUAUCUGCUGUCGUUUGACCCAAAUCAUCACCAAUGACGGUAGAAAAAUACUCAUUAAAAUAAACUUUGUUACACUCAUCAAA